AUGUAUGUUGUUGCGAUGCACACCACUACUCUCACCAAGAAGCAGCGCAUUUCCUUCUUUGCUCUCUUUUUGGAAGGAGCAGCAAUGCGGUGGUACUAUAGCUUGGAUGCCAAGAUACGGGAUGAUUGGCGCGAGAUGGCCGAAAUCUUUUGGAAGUUUUGCGCACUCUUACUCUUCUUUGGGAACUCUUCCCAUGCUCGCCUACUGCUGGCUCUUCUGCCAACCCAGCAACCAUCCAACCUACCAACCAUGCUCCCUUGGUCCCUUUCAACUGCACAGGGAAGAAACCUGCAUGAAACAGAGGAUGUCUGCUUGGAGUUCAUCCCCCGAGAGCUGGGGGUGUCGAGAAGCGCGCCUUUUUAUGCAUGCAAGUUUGACCAGGAUUUAUCCAUAUUCGAGAUUGUUCUCUUCAUUGGUAUGUUCUCAUACCGAAUCCCCUUUAGACGGGCGACCCUCCACGUGCUUACUAGCAUAAGAGAUAGGGGUAUGCCGAGUCCGCCUAUCAAGUUAAUCGCGAAUUGCAGGGAACGAACGAAGCAAAGCGAAGUGAAGGAAAAAAGAGAUCCUCGGGAUAAUUUCUUUGGGCGACCAUGUCUCAGUCAAAGGGCCGGCCGGGCAGACAUGAAAGUGAAAAUGGACCGGGAUAUUUUGGCAAACAAAAAGCUUUGUGUUGAUCCUCAAUCUCGUCGCCUUCAGAAAGAAGACCCCGCCUUUCGAUCAAGGGCUUUCUCAAUUACAUGGAUCCUCAACAAAGAUUUGAACCUUGGGGAUAACCAUUAG